AAAAAGUCGAGCAUGACUCAAUGAUAAGAUUCAUCUUCACAUCGACAAACUCUUCCUUGGUAAGAUGUUGUCAUGGCUAGGAAACCGAUGUGUUAGUCAUCUUCUCAUGUUCACACCAGCUUCUUGUUGCCUUGCGACCGUCACAAAGAUUUGCUUCUUGACGUUUGAUGUUUGCAGUCUACUUUUCAAAAUUACAUCCGCAUAAAACACAAUAGACCUUGAGAGUGUGUGUCUGAUCAUGCGCACUCCAUUGUCUGGCAGGUGCACAAACUCUGGGCGGUACUUGCUAUUUCAAGGAACGUUAAGCAGAGAUCAUUUCUUGAGGAAAAUAAAACGAACAAAAUCUACGGUGAAUGCCAACAAUACAUACUCACAAUGAGACAAGAUGGAUCUAAUGCUUGUUGUUCCACACUAAUGUGCGGUGUUACCGAAUUUAAUUGAUGUUUCUUUGCUGCAGCGAUCGAACUUGUCUUGGUACGUUUUAGACCAUUUCUAUCAAAGUGGUUGGGAACUGAUUUGAAGAAUUAAAGACAAAAUUAAACACUGCUGAAAGAAACGCUACCAUAAGCUUGUUGCAUUCGACAUUUGCCAUCUGUAAUUGCAACAAAAUUAAGUUGCAUUUCCCAACGAAAUAUGUCGGGAAUGAUGGACAAAUUUAGAAACCUAUCCAAGGCUUUAUCGAGUGACGAAGAGCAUAAGGAUGAAUCAUCUCACACGCCUUCCAAGUCUAGUGGUUUUUCAUUAUUAUCGAAAUUCGGUGUCUCAAAUUCGAAAGAAAAGGAGACAGAAAGGAGGCACAAGAUACUCCUAGUUGUGGAUUCCCGUGAGAAUGAUUGGGUAAAACUUUUAAAAGGAAAAACCCUACACGGAAAUGCAUUUGACGUCAGAGUAGAGCAAGCCUCGUUUUCAGAGUUGAGUGUCGUCUCCUCCAACGAAAAAGGCGUUACUGUAAGCAUGCGUGUGUUGAGAAAUGGUGGCAUCAUAUCGAGGUCCUUUCGCCCUGAUUUCGUACUACUGAGAGAGAGGAUUCGUGGCGUUGAACCAACAUCAGAUGCUAGGAAUUUCAUUUUUGGGUUGAUGCAUGGAAACAUCCCAUCACUUAAUUCACUCGAAGCAGUGUAUAGCUUCAUGGAGAAGCCACUAAUGUAUUCCCAAUUGGCUCAAAUUCAGAAAGCUGUUGGAAAGGACUCCUUCCCUUUAAUUGACCAAACGUACUACCAGAGUUUCAAUGAAAUGAUGCUUCCACCCACAUUACCUGUGGUGGUGAAAGUCGGUAGUGCAAACAGUGGCUUUGGAAAGGUUUGCGUGGCAAGCCCGCGAGGAUUUCAAGACGUUGCUAGCAUAAUUGCUGUUUCUGACACAUAUGCCACAACAGAACCAUUUUUGGAAGGCAAAUACGACAUUCGAAUUCAGAAAAUCGGAAGAAGCUACAAAGUUUACAAGCGAAGGUCUCUUUCUGAUUCAUGGAAAGCAAACACAGGGACUUCAGUGGUCGAGGAGAUUGCCCUAACAGACAGGUACAAACAGUGGGCAGAUGAAUGCAGCAAACUUUUUGGAGGUGUUGAUGUAAUAUGCGUUGAAGCAAUACAUACAAAGAAUAACACAGAAAAGAUAAUCGAGGUAACAGACACAGGCAUGACCGGCAGCACAGAUCAAAUAAAAGAAAAUAUGAAGCUUAUAGUGGAUCUUGUAAUCAAGAAAAUGGAAGAACUUUUCCAUCCUCACCUUGAAAGGGACAUAAAUAGCACGACAUCAGCAGUCCUAUCAGAAGCGAUGAACGUUAUUGGCGGCGCUGCAUCGCCCCAUAAAGUGAGACCAAACGAACGGCCAGCAACAGCAGAUCCGGUGACACGUGAGAAUCUUGUGCCAAAUGGAGUGCCUAUGCGAAAAGCUACGAGUCAAGAAACUCUAAAUGUAAAAGACAAAAGCACAUCGAAAGCGGAAACGGCAUCAAUGAGCGGCAGUUCCCCAUCCACCCCCAAAUCAACAAGACGAAGCUCUUUAGCUGGCAGAUUUCUCAGUGCUAUCACAGAUUAAACAUACAACGAACGAAAAGAACAGGCCUAAAUAAUGUAAUUUUUAAACUGUCUAUUUUUUUCAUCGAUGGCGGCUUUUAUAUCUCCUGUCACUUCGAAAUCAAUGUUGAAGAUAAACAUUUGAUCAAAGUUGUCACUAAGAGAAAACGUUUACCAAAUUUUAUUUCAGCUUGCUUCAUUUAAAUUGAAAUAUAAGUAAAGAAUUUUAAAUGUAGUAUUAUAAUAAAAAAUAACGUUUAUUGUAAACAGUCGAGUAAAAUUAGCGAGGAAAAGACUCUUUUUAACGUGUGGGCCUAUAGCGCAAAGAACACAGUACUGUUUCUCAAGAAAGCCAAUACAUGUUUCUUUGAUAAAAAACCGACCCCUGAAAUGUCAAAAAAAUCAUAGUACUGCCAUGCUGUGCUAUGCCAUGCUGUGCUAUGCUAUGCUAUCCUUUGCUAUGCUAUGCUAUGCUAUGCUAUGCUAUGCUAUGCUAUGCUAUGCUAUGCUAUGCUAUGCUAUGCUAUGCUAUGCUAUGCUAUGCCAUGCCAUGCUAUGCUAUGCUAAGCUAUGCUAUGCUAUGCUAUGCUAUGCUAUGCUAUGCUAUGCUAUGCUAUGCUAUGCUAUGCUAUGCUAUGCUAUGCUAUGCUAUGCUAUGCUAUGUAAAGUGUAAUGUUAUGUUGUUAUUUUAAGUUAUGUUAUGUUAAGUAAUGUUUACGUUACAUUGUGUCUUGUUAUGCUUUGCUAUGUUUUGUUUUGUUAUGUAAUGUUGUGUAACCUAUGUUGCGUUAGCUGUCUGAUGCUAUGUUGCUUCAUGCUGUUUGUAGAAGAUUCAUUCUUGACGUCUUUGUAAACCCCGUUUGAAGCGAUUGAACUGAGCUAGAUUUGAUAAGCGAUACAAAUACAAAAUUAAGAAUCAAAAUGUCUCGACUUUUGGAAUUUAGAGCAAAUAUGCACCUAGUGUCGUAGAUAGGGAAUUUCGUAGAAGGGGCAAAACACUAAAUAAGCAUUUUCAAUUUUCAUGAAUCUGAACAUAACAUAACUACAUUAGAACUGAAAUAAGCAGAAGAUAAAGUUUUACCGUUUAUUUAAAAUCUAGUGUCAUAUAUCAUACUAGUUGAAGAUUUUCUGGUCUUCUUCUCCUGAAAAAGACGUCUUUGAGUACCAUAUAAUACAAAAAAAAUUGCCAAUCUGAUUCAGAACAACGGAAGAAAUUUUUCUAUCAGACUUUAAAAUAAUUUAUCUUCAAAUGUAACACUUAGAUAGAAAAUACACAACCAAGUUUACUCCUUUCGAAUACCUAAAUCUACGCAUUGACACUGGAUUGAGAUUGGCACGUCAAGUUUGAAUGAACGUCAUUUUAAGUGCAGUUCAAACAAGUCUAACAUUGAAGCUUCAAACAUUUGAUAAAACUGAGGAUCUCUCAACAAACCAUUCGUAGGUAUCUGCUUAUUUUAAUUUAGGUUCAGUGCACGUCUACAACAAACAACGAUCUUCUCUGUUACAAACAAUGUAACUUGAGAACUAAACUGCCUUAAUGUUUACAAGUACUUUGAAAACAUCAUUACAAUGAUUUCCCGUUCUUUUGCAACAGGCAACUUCAAAAAUCCUUAAAAAUAUUUUGCAAUGUUUAAUUGUUGUAAGUACAUGAAAAUUAGGCAACCGCUCUUUACAAUCUGUGAAGUAAAAGUUUCUUAGUAGUUUGCCCAUAAACAGGGAGAAUGUGCUAGACCUUGUUAGAAACGAAGUCUAACAUCACUGAAGUAAAAUAAUUUUCCUCAUACUAAUUACUGACGUUUUACUGCAUCGCUGUAACUAACUAUAGCCUGUGAAUUUGAGAUACCUAAAAAAAUUGUUCUUUCACAAAAAGAACAGGUAUCCUUUCUCGACAGCAUAGAAUUUCUUCACUACCGAACUUUCCACUGUUGAAUUUGUGUCUUUUGUCUCAUAUUGCAACUCUCGUUCUGAUCCCGGGGAAAUGUUACUUUUUGGUUUCAAUUUCUCUCAAUAAUAGUGGAAUGUUUUGAUGUUAAAGAGAAAUUGCUCUAAAAUCGCCAGAAAAAUGGAGCCCAUGCAUUCGUAUCAGGCAAAAUCGAGUGAACUUUCUUUGCCAAUAUAUGUUUAUGUUUUUCGGUCACGAAUGCCUAAAUUCUUACUGAAAAGUCGCCGCAC